GCGGGGCAGAGGCGGGGCCCGGCCGUUUAUGGAGGAGCUCGGUGGCUGCGACCGCGGAGGGUCCGCUGGGGUCCGGCUGGCGGCCGCCGAUCGGCAGAGACCCGCAGAGCUUCGGCCGAAGGAGCAGCGCCGGUGCGCACGCCGGACACCAUGGCGCAGGCGCCCGCCUUCAACAAGCCCAAAGUGGAGCUGCAUGUUCACCUGGAUGGAGCCAUCAAGCCCGAAACCAUCUUGUACUUCGGCAGGGAAAGAGGGAUCGCCCUUCCAGCCGACACGGUGGAGGAGCUGCAGAAGAUCAUCGGCAUGGACGAGCCACAUUCCCUCCCAUACUUCCUGUCCAAGUUUGAGUACUACAUGCCUGCUAUUGUGGGCAGCAGGGAUGCCAUCAAAAGGAUCGCUUAUGAGUUCGUGGAGAUGAAGGCCAAGGAGGGCGUGGUGUAUGCGGAGGUUCGUUACAGCCCGCACCUGCUGGCCAACUCCAAAGUGCAGCCGAUCCCCUGGAACCAGGCCGAAGGAGACCUCACCCCUGAUGAAGUGGUGAACUUAGUGAAUCAGGGCCUGCAGGAGGGUGAGAAAACCUUCGGCAUCAAGGUCCGGUCCAUCCUGUGCUGCAUGCGCCACCAGCCAGAAUGGUCCCCGGAGGUGGUGGAGCUGUGUAAGAAGUACCGGAACCAGACGGUGGUGGCCAUCGACAUAGCUGGCGACGAGACGAUUGAAGGAAGCAGCUACUUCCCGGGGCACCUGGAGGCCUACAAGGAGGCGCUGCAGAGCGGCAUUCACCGCACGGUGCACGCUGGGGAGGUGUGCUCCGCAGAGGUCGUGCGAGAGGCGGUGGACAUACUCAAGACGGAGAGGAUAGGACACGGCUACCACACCAUAGAGGACCAGGCCCUUUAUGACAGGCUGAGGAAGGAAAACAUGCACUUUGAGGUCUGUCCCUGGUCCAGCUACCUCACAGGUGCCUGGAAGCCAGAAACGGAGCACCCGGUCGUUCGGUUCAAGAACGACAGAGCUAACUACUCACUCAACUCAGAUGACCCGCUUAUCUUCAAGUCCACCCUGGACACUGACUACCAGAUGACCAAACGGGACAUGGGUUUUACCGAGGAGGAGUUUAAAAGACUGAACAUCAAUGCUGCAAAGUCCAGCUUCCUCCCAGAGGAUGAAAAGGAGGAGCUCCUCAACCAGCUCUAUAAAGCCUAUGAUAUGACACCGCCACCAGCCACUGCCGCAGGACAGGACCCAUGAAGAUGGCACGGCCACCUCUAAGCCUUUACUCCAUGGAUGGAGCCUGCACAACUCUUGGGAUCAACCGACAUUUUCCUACAUUCCUUUCUCAAGACUAACAUUUCAGUAGUCAGCUACUGAUGUGUAUUCUACGCACAAACCUCGGAAUGGCCGCGUCUCACCUCUGAUUGUGUUUGUACCCUGCUCAGGGACCAGAGCCUUUGCCAAGGGUGACCAUAAAUCUGAAACACUUCUCAGGUGACUCAUGCUGAAAAUCUGGUGCUCAAUAAAGCAGCCAGCGGCUGGCA